GUCCCAUCACAAUCACAAUGGGCCAACUAUCCAGGCUCGAUGUUGCGCUAAGGCAGCUGGCCGGUGCGCCGGAGCUUGGGGUCAAAGCUGACCUCGCAGGCAAGACUGUCAUUGUUGUCGGUGCCAACACCGGCAUCGGCAUCGAGGCCGUCAAGCACUUCUCGUCCAUGAAUGCUGCCAAAGUCAUUAUGGCUUGCCGCAGCGAGGAGAAAGGCAAGAAAGCAGUCGCAGAGGUCGAGAAAGCUACCGGAAAAAACAAUGCGGAGCUUUGGCUGCUCGAUCUCGGCCGCUUUGCUUCCGUAGUCGAGUUCGCCGAUAGAUUUGAGAAGGAAGGCGGUCGGCUCGAUAUCCUCGUCAUGAACGCCGGUAUAGCCACCGGCACCUACGAGGACUUUGAAGGAUGGGAGUCGACCUUGCAUGUCAAUCAUUUGUCCACUGCCCUGUGCUCUUUGCUUCUCAUUCCACGCUUGCUCAAGACAGCUUCCGACUUCUCCAUUCAGACCAGACUCGUUGUUGUGUCCAGCGAGGUGCAUCACUUUACCACCCUUAGCGAGGAAGUCAGGAACAGCCCCAGUAUUCUCAAGAAGCUCAACGAAAAGGAGUACUUCCAGAAGAACUUCAUGGAUCGAUACCCUGUCUCCAAGCUUCUGAACGUGCUCUUUGUUCGCGCCUUGAAUGCGCAUCUUCCGACGACAUCCCCGCUCAUCGUCGAUGCCGUGAACCCAGGGUUCUGCAAGUCCGAGUUGACGCGGAAUAUCCCGGAUUUCAAGCCCCCGACCUUCGAAUACGAAGGCAAGACAAUCACCCUGACCGCAUGGACCUCCGAGGAGGGUUCGCGCCAGCUCCUGUGGGCUGCGCUGGGCCCGCCGAACCCAGCGGACACUGACAAGAUCAGAGGCGCUUUUGUUUCGGGUAACCAUAUCGAGGAGCCGAGUGAUUUUGUCCUCAGCAAGGAGGGGAAGGAUGCUCAGGACCGCCUAUGGAAUGAGACGCUUGAAAUUCUGAAUGAAGUGACGCCCAAGGUGAAUGCCGUAGUGAAGGAAUAUCUGUCUGUUUGAGUGGAGGUCGAGGAAGUAGCACUAAUGUAACAUCAAGCAAUUCCAAGUAGCAUGCACGUAAACGACCACGGAUUAUCUGGCAUUCUUCUCAGACGUCGGGUGUAUGUUUGAUUGGGAGAAACUGAUUGAACCGCG